CGCGUCAAGGUUUGUUGAUGCGUCCCCCGAUCAUAGUUCUCCGCAAAGCUUAUACAACUUGUAUGUGUUUCUCACCGUCAAGGAAACUUUGUCCAGCUGGCUCUCUUGCAGGCCUUCCUUCUGUCUGCUUUUCACUCGCUAUACCGCAAACUGGCCAUAUGGCGUCCUAAUGGCUGGCGAGACUGAGGCAGGGAGUGUGGUCUUACCUUCCAUGGACGAGCCUCUACCUGAGUAUGCCAGAGCCUGGGGACCGGGUUUGAGCCGUCUCACAGAGUUUCCCGAGGGUGGCUACGAUGACCGUAUCGACAAGUCAAACAUAUUCGUAUUUGAAAAGGAUCCAAAGACUGGAGAAUCCGGUCCAUUCUAUGUCGUUGCUGAAGGUUGCCAUAAUUGCAAGAGGCUUUUACAGCGUUGUAAUCGAGGCAAACCUGGCUGCGACCGGUGUAUAAAUUCUAAUCGCGAAUGUGUUAGCGUUGGUCCGGGAUGGGUACGUUUACCCCUCAAGAAAAUUACGAAGACCUCGCGUCUCAAGAGGCGCAGUGAACGAGGCUCCCAAGGCAUGAGCAUUAGGGCCACUACCGUGACAGCUGUAUCUAAAAGUCGCGUCACCGGAGAAAGCAAUGCUAGGCCUCAUCGCGCCGCCGCUCCUAAACCAGGCACUCUUGUCGAAUGGCCUAUUCUCGAAGCAGAGAAGCCCAAUCACGCUUUAGCACAUUUUGAAGCAGCCUCAGUAGAUCCCUUGGAGAAUCUCCGGAGUCCAGCUGUCUCAGGGCUCGAUACCCCUGCUUCCCUUUCCUCCGUGUCGACUGGGCCCAAAAUUAAGGCAACGAGAACUAAGGCUAAGGAGAAGAAUGAUAUUACAUCUGUUGCAUCAAGAAAGAGAGGUAGACCUGUCAUCUCCAAGAAUGCGGCUUUGAUUGGCUUGUCGGCGCGGAAGAAAGCGAAUAAAUCUCGUAAAUGCAAGUAUUCUCUCUGCCAAUCAACAUAGCCUUGCGUCUUAACGAACGCUUAUUGGCAGCUGCAGCCGAAGGGAAUCCAUGUCCGGGUAGCCUGUUGAAAGUCGCGUGGAUCGAGAUUCGCCCUCCCGUUCUCAUACCAGCGGCCUCGAAUGCUAUCGAGACUCGUCCCAGACCAGCUGGCGAUCCUCGCAUUUGGACAGUUAACAAAGAGGAGCUGCUAGAGGUCAUGCCAAACCUCAGGGGAGGGAUGUUUUAUAGAGAUGGAGAACCUCCCAUGCUCUUCGUCGAAGGCGCCGCCUGGCCUGAAGAUUCGUGGAAGGACCAGCAGGUUGUGCUCUCAUUUGUCCGAGAGUGUACCAUUCGCACUUUAACUACACAACAAGCUGUUCCAAAUGUCAACCGUUCCAAUGAUCUGGAUGCAGAUGCCACUUUGGCUUACCCAGAAGACUCGGAUGAGACUAUGAUAGCAGAACCGGAAGAGACCAUGAAGAUCAUCGACGAAGCUGCAGCUUUAGAGCCAGGAUUGCCAAAUUGGUCUGUCCAGUUCGGUGGGGAAACUUUGACUUAUCCACUGGACGUCAGCUCUUCUGUGGUUGUAGUCGCCAAUGAAAUUCAGGGAUCGUUUAGUCCAGCGAGUUCGACUCGGCCAUUCCCUCAAUUGUCUUCUCAUGCUGGGACGACCAACGAAAUCCGACACAAUGAACCUCACGACCCUUACAUUCUGGCAAAACCCUCAGGCGAUCUUCAGUUUCCGCCACGAUCGUAUGCGACGUUCCCCGCUUCUACCGGUCUCACCGGAGCUUUUGGUCCCCAAAGACUCGAACAUAGUCUGGGAGAACUCAGAUAUCCUCCGAGUUCAGAUAUCGAAAUCGAUGAGGCUGAAGGGGAAGGUGAAGGGGAAGGGGGGAUGUUGCAGUAUUGGGAUCGUAAUCGUGUUGAAUGGGAUAGGUCAUAUAGGUCGAAGCCUUCUUUUGAUCAUCCCCGAGAAUUUGCACCGCAACCCCCGCCAAGUACGACUGUGGUCCAAUGGUCUUCCAUCCCUCCUGACGUUGAGGAACCUUUGUCAUAUCCUAUGCGUAUAUCACCACCUUCAACUACCAAUGCGAGUACUUGGAAACGAAUGAUACCCCUUUCUCCGCAACAGUGCAGACGUUAUCACUUCAGCUACGGAGACGGCACAGAUGAGACGAGUCUGAUCAGCUCUGCCGAGGAGACUCUGGUAUACCCUGAAGAACCACCAUCCGAGAUCGGGGAUGUUUCCGUUUGGCAGACUCUUCCAAUACCCAUAGACCCUCAUUCUCUCCAUACCCUCGCAGAGAAGCCACCGGAUGCCGUCCAAAUAGAAAAUACCCCUACGUCGAGCACUGCGCCCCCAGAACCACCGGAAGAUAUCCAAGCUCUUCUGGAUGCCAAAACCUCUCAAAUACCUGUUAGCCUUAUUAUUUCGCGGGAGGCAAAACUCCUGCCUUUCAACUUGUCGGAGAAACAUGGAUGCGUUUUCUUGGGAUUCUUCGAUAUCAAGGAUACUAGCUCUGAGGUAUCAGAGACCUCUAAAUCGGAUGGGGGUACGACAUUCCGUGUACGGUGGACCUUUCGUUUCGAGUGGAUCCGAGGCGGAGAACUCGAUUAUACCUUGCCACAGCCUUCCAAUCCUUGGUGGAUGCCGCAAACUCCAACCUCUGAGGACGAUACUGCGAUCAUGCAUCCUUUCACUAUUCUCCCUUCUCAAUUCACGCUUACGCCCGUUCGCAAUUCAGUCGAUGACUCGCUAGUGGCCGUAUCUGAGCCAGUGACUAGAAAAGGGUGGCAUUGUGGUGGUUGUGGCAGGUUGAAUGUUCAGAGGCAUUUCUGCUUUGAACGAUGUCCUACUUGCGCAGCAUGGAAUGGGAUGUCCCCAGUCGGCGCAAUCUACGUUCGCAAUCCAUACAACACCGCACCGAUAACUUUCCCUUGGGAUAGGUACCCAUCGUCCAGCGUGACUUGCACAUCAGUGAAGAACGAAGAAAGUGGAAUGAGGACGUUUAUCUACGAGAUUAGCCCAUCGGUGGUCGUGAAACAUUUCUUCACUUGCAACCAAAGGGCUCUGCAGGAAGAUGCUACUUUGCUUUUCCGCGAGUUUCAGUUGACGGUUAAAUUGGAAUGGCAAGGUGCCAAGACCAAUUUAGCUUUGGGUCCCUAUUUCACCUACUUGGCGGGCAACGGACAUGAAGGUAAUCAUUCCAGCGAGGCUUGGAAAGGGGCCGCACCAUCUAUCGCUAGGUCUCGCAAGAUCAUGGAGGGACUGAUGCAAGGAGAUGGUAAAAGGCUCAGCAAGUCAUGCACAUUGGAGAACCUUACAGUGCUUGCUUGGUACGCCACCGGUCAUAGGAAGUCCCCAACGCCAUUGCCCGCAAAAGGUCGUGCCAUUGCCCUCAUGUGUCUCGGCGCCGAUGUCGACUUGACUUUGGUUCCUGUCUCGGGAUUCCCUGCGGUUCCUGAAGUUAUCCCGUUCCCAGAGACAGGUUCUGAUGUUCUAGCGGCCGCUGAGAGCCUCCCAAACCUGGAGUAUCCAGAUGAGGAUGAGCUGGUCGACCACAUGGAUGUCGACGAUGAACCAGAUAUCCCGCUUGCUGGACUCCUUCGGGAGGUUCAUAAAGCUGAAUUGGAGCAGGCUGCUCCCGUUCCUGCCCUUCCUGUGGAGAAGGUGUCGAAGGAGAAACAGAAGGGGAGCAGUAAGAGAGGCAAAGGCGAGGAGAUAUUCGUGUCGAUGGUUCAUGGAGACGUGCUGGUAUUGUCUGGUGAUGAUUUCGAGUGGUCAAUGCGACGUACUGGGAUGUCCAUCGUCUUGAUAGGGAUGACGGCUCCAACACAAAACUAACCCAACAGGACAUUUGUAAAUUAUCUUCUAUUUGUGUGAUGCGUUCAGAAUCUCGGGAUUUCAUGUAGACUAUCAUACCCGCAGAUUCAUACCCCUUAUUAGGCCUGUGCAAUCGUAUAAUAGUCACGAAUUCGCAUACUCGAAUCAACGCUCUCUUGUGGGGCUAGUUUCUCCAG